UUUUUUUACUCUUUGCACAGCACUUACCAAAUGUCAAGAUUGUGAAAUGGAAAACAUAUGACUUCCGUGAAACUAAAUGUAAUUAACUAUUUGUGCUAAAUUUGUGUAAAUACAGAAAAUAAAUUGUGAAUACGAUGAUACGAGAAGAUGACCCACAAUUUCGUAUCACACCAAUACAACAAAUGGCAUCAGCUUGUUCUGGUGCCUUGAUAACUUCAUUAUUCAUGACACCAUUGGAUGUUGUUAAAAUAAGGCUUCAAGCGCAGCAAAAAGCUUUAUUAUCAAAUAAAUGUUAUUUAUAUUGCAAUGGUUUGAUGGAGCACCUCUGUCCUUGUGGUGAAACUGCUUGGAUACCUAGACGAGUACACUUUCAUGGUACAUUUGAUGCAUUCUACAAGAUAGCUAAAUUGGAAGGUGUCCCAGCUUUGUGGUCAGGUUUGAGCCCAACCCUUGUAUUGGCAUUGCCGUGUACAGUAGUAUAUUUUGUAAGCUAUGAACAGCUUCGGUUUAAAACUAAAACUUUAUAUAAUAAAUGGACAGACACUAUGCAUCAACCAAUGUGGAUACCAUUAUUUGCUGGUGCCACAGCAAGAACUAUAGCUGUUACAACAUUUAGUCCAUUAGAACUUAUUAGAACUAAAAUGCAAUCAAAAAAAUUAACAUAUUCUGAAAUCACCACAGCUUUACGAAAAGUUAUUAAGUAUGAAGGGUACAGGGGAUUGUUUCGUGGUUUAGGUUCGACAUUACUUAGGGAUGUGCCAUUCUCAGGCAUAUAUUGGACAACAUUUGAAACAACUAAACGAAUAUUUAAUAAACCAGAUUCAGAGAAGAACUCAUUUCUCUUUAACUUCUUCUGUGGUUCAGUAGCAGGCAGCAUUGCUGCAUUCAUUACACUACCUUUUGACGUAGUCAAAACACAUCAGCAAAUAGAACUUGGAGAAAAGGAAAUUUAUACAGAUGGAAAAAUACAGCAGAGAGCCUCGAAUAUGCAGAAUAUUGUGAAGAAUAUUUACAGUAACCAUGGCUUUAAAGGCUUGUUCACGGGUUUGUUGCCAAGGAUAUUCAAAGUAGCACCGGCUUGUGCUAUUAUGAUCGCUACAUUUGAAUACGGAAAACAAUUCUUCCAAAAGUACAACACACAGAAGUAUAAAGAAUCAUUACAAAGACAUCAAGAGAUUGUUAUAAUUGGCAACCAUAAAAAUAAUGACUAUUCUUAAAAUCAAGAGAAUAGAUGAAAACGUUGGAUGACCAGCUACAGCCAAAAAGUGAACAAUGGAAUACAUUUCAGAUGAUCAAUGAAUUAAAUUGUUCUUUUCUCAAAUUGACAAUUACAUAGAAAUGUCAUUAAAUGUGAUACUAAAAUAAUUAUUUUUAAGACAUGUUAUCAUAUC